GAAUUAUUUAGAAAUAAAAUGCAGGAGCUUUUAAAGACUCACCAUUGAAAAUUGUGUCAUUUAAUUUCAGUGCUAAGCACCUGUAGUGUUAAUGCACUUGAAAUAAGUUUUAGCAGACAUAUGAGGUUGUACACAUUGCACUAUUGGAGAAACAGGAAAAUGACAUUUGGUUAAAUACAAUCUUAUGUGGUGAUAUUCAGUGCUGUGUAGUAGGUUAGGGGGUGGAGAAAUAAAUGUAGGCUGGUGCUUUCAGAAACGUGUUUGAGGAGGAAAUAAUAGUUGAUUUGCUCUGAAGGAUAGAUACACUAUAUAUUGGAGGUGACAGUGAAUUAAAAUUUUUUUUUAAUAUUCUUUAUGGUUUGGGAAACAUUUCCAUGUGGUGUUCUUUAGUUCUUAUUUAAAAAUUUAAAGCCACUCUGAUCCUGAUCCAUUUCUUUUAAAACACACCAUGAUCUUACCCCUUCAAGAUCUUUUGCUUCUGCAGUCAGUCUUACUUUUAUGUAAAACACAACUGUUGAAGAAGGGUUACUGUUUAAUAUGUAAGACCUAAUUUUGCUCUUUGACUGAUAUCUUGAGUGUUUCAUUUGUAGCAGGCACUGUGUCAGGAGACAUCAAAAACAAUGGUUACUCAGCAGCCAAUUUCUAUGUUUUAUCUAUGGGGUGCGUGUGUGUGUGUGUGUGUGUAUGAGCAUGUGUGUGUUAACGUGCUCGAGUGCUUGUGCUUAGCUGUGGAGUUGAGAAUGGAUGCAGAUGUGGCUUCUGUCUUUAGCAGAUGAUGUUAAGCUACAGUUGUGAUGUGUUAAGAGAAGUCACAAAUGAGACUUAUGAAUGGAGGUAUUCAGGAUGCAUAGGAAUGGAAGUGCUUCAGUCUCACUGAAGAUAGCAGGGCAGAGACCCUGUGCUGGCAGGGUGUUUGGAGAGGAUCAGGGACAGAAAGCACAGCUUUUGGGAGCUGGAGGCAUGUGGAGCAAUCUGGUAGGACAGUGGUGUGGGGCCAGAUUGUGCUGGACCUUGUAGGCAGGCUGAAUUUUCCUUUGUGCUUUGAAUAAAGAGAAGCCUCAAUGGAAGGUUUUACUAAGGGACUUAGGCUGUGUGUCUGGUGGGGAUGACACAGUAUGUUUGUGUCUGAAUAGCAUGCUUUGUGUUUCUACCCCCCCCAGGCUAGCAUUUGCAUUGUUUUCUCAUCCCUUGUUCUUCAACUUGCUCCCUAUAUUUUAUUUUGUAGAUUUAAUAAAAAAUCUGAAUUUACAUUUGUUAAACGUGUGCAUGCGUGUGUAUGUGUGAGGAGGACUAUGGGUGAUGUGUGGGAGUCUCUCGUGCUACCAAGUGGGUCCCUUGGGCUUGAACUCCGAUGGCCAGGCUUUGUGACAAGUAUAUUUACUUCCUGAGCCAUCUCAUUGCCCCCCUCUCAUGCUUCAUUAUAGUUUGGGAUAUCUCCAUGUUCCACUUGCAAGGUGUACUCAUUUUUCUUUUCUUUGGGAAAAACAAAAGAAUUGGGACUGUAGAGAUGGCUCAGCUCUUAAAGGCUAGACUCCUCAGUAAAAAUAUAAAAUAGACCAUUGUGGUUAGUUGACUAAUAGUAAUUUUAAUCAGUACUACUGCUUGGGAACUAGUUUUUGUGUCUCUUUUACUUUUUUUUUUUUAAGUUGUAGUGAAACUCAUAAUAUCGAACUUACUGUCAGGCUGGGAAUUAGCUUAGUUGGUGAAGUGUUUGCAGCACACGAGGACCUGAGUUCCACAUCCCAAGCACCCAUGUAAGACGCAGACCUGGUGGCAUGUGCUUGUAAGAGUUGUGCUUAGGAGACAGAAGGAUCCUUGUGGUUUGCUGUAAUCUGUGAACCCCAUCCCAAUGAGAGUCAAGCUCAGAAUAAAACAAAACAAAGCAAACCCCAAGCUUUCCCAGAUGAAAACCAGGGUAAGCAGCUUCUGAGGAAUAACACCCAAGUUGACUUCCUGGCUUUCAGGUGCAUGCGUCCAUCCACAUACUCCUAAUCAUUUUCAUAGUGAAAUGUAGCCUAUUUCUAGAGAAAGCCGUUCUCUCCUUGCCUGCUCUUGGCAACCAUCAUUCUGCUGUCUGUUGUCAUAAUUUUGGCCAUUUGUAUAUUUUGAGUGGACUUGUGCAUUGUCCCUGUGUCUGUCCACCAUCACUCAGCUCAAAGCCGUCAGAUCUUAAGUACUCAGCUAGUCUCUGGGCUUCAUUCACAGAUUUGGGGCAAAAGAGUUUCUGUUUUUGUAAAUCUUUUUGGCCUGCCAGUAAUGUAAUGAACCCUGAUGAAUUGGGAAAUGGUUCUUUUUCUUCAGUUUUCUGUUACACUUUGUGUAUACUUGGUGUUUUUUCCCCUUACCUGAUAUCAGUAUUUGUUAGUGUUUUUAUCUGGUUUGGAGUGCUCUUGUGGGAAGGUUGUUGUUUUGACAAAAAUCUGGAUUCUUUAAUGGAAAGAAUGAAACCUGUUUCUUUUUGGAUGACCUUAUUAAUCAUAGUGUUGUUGAGUUUACUUGUACGUUGGUGUUCUUGGUCACCUUAUUUUAUGUGUUGUCAGCCUCAGUGCAGUUUCCAUUAUUUGUAAGCAUCUUUAAAAAGCAUAUUUACCCCUCCCCCUAUUUUCAUGAAGUGUAUGGUGUAUGCGUGAAUAUUUUGUGUAUGCAUGAAUAUUUUAUGGACGCGUGUUUGGGUGACGCCUGUGGUUGGAUGUGGGGAAUCAUCCGGUAUUGAUUUUCUGCCUCAUUAUUGAGGUGGAGUCUCUCAUUCAAAUCCAGAGAUCACUGAUGUGACUAGUCUUACAGUCUGGCUUGUUCUGGGGAUCCCUGUCUCCUCCUUCAUAGGUUUGAAGUACCUGCAAGUUGCCACACUCACCCAGCAUUUAUAUAGGUUCUUGGACUCUGAACCCAUGUCCCCAGGCUUGCUUGCAAGACACGGGUUUUAACCACUGAACCAUCUUUUCAGCCCAGAAUCAUAUCAGAUACAUGUAUGUAUGUAUGUAUGUAUGUAUGUAUGUAUGUAUGUAUGAACGCACGCAUGUAUGUUCCAGGGCAGCCAGGGCUCUGUUACACAGAGAAACUCAGACUCAACCUACUCACCCUUACCUCCAACAAAAAGCUGAACCUCUUUCUGGUUACACAUGCAUUGAGUUAAUUUUCUCUUCUUUCCUCUGCUUAUGCUCAUAUUUGCAUCUAUUAUGAUUUUAUUUCUGCUUUAGGGACUUCCUUUAAACUUUCUAUUAAUGGGAACUUGUUGGUGAUUGUAUGUCUGAAAAAUUGUUUUAUUUGCUUUGGAAAACAUUUAAGUAAUGAAUUUUAGAUUCCUCCCUGCCCCCAAUCAAUCACUUAAAAGAUGUUGAUUUAUUGUUUUCUGUCUCACUUGUCUCUGAUAAGAAAGCAGCCAAGACCAUUUUGUUUCCUGGUACAUAAUAUGUAUUUUUUCUGUGGCUGCUUUAAAGAUACUGUCUUUAAACUGGUUUAACCAAAUUGAUUGUGGUAUAUGUUAGUGUAGUUUUCUUUAUGUUCCUUGUAUUUGGUAUCAUUGAACUUCUUGAUUUAUGAUUUAAUAGUUUCUAUCAAUUUGGUAAAGUAUUUGACUAUCACUUUUCCCCAAUAUUUUUCUUUCCUAUUCCUCUCCCUUGUAGAUUUUGAUUAAAUGUAAUUAAGUUGCACGAGGUGGUUCUGCAUCUCACUGAUGCUCUGUUAAUUUCUUUCUUUGGAUUUAUGUUGUUGCCCAUUGCUAUAUUUAGAGGUCACUAGCCUUGUCCCUGUACAGUAUCUAGUCUAUUACUAGUUCAGUCCUUCUGUUCUUCUAAGGUGUGUUAUUAAAGACAUUUCACCAUGUCUUUAAUCUCAGACACCAGAAUUUUAAACUUCUGUCUUGGUGUGUAUGUGUGAGCAUGUGCCCCACAUACCAUAGCAUAUCUGUGGAGAUCAGAGGACAACUUUGUGAAAUCAUUUCUCUUUCUACCUUUAUAUGGGUUCCUGGGGUGGAGCUCAAAUUGUUAGGCCAAUGUGACUGGUGACAGCCUGGUGCCAUCUUAAAGACCCUGGUGCCAUAGUUUUUAAUUUCUAGGGGUCUUAUUUGGAUCUUCUGAAUACUUUUUCCUGACUUUUCUUAAUAUAUUCAACUUUUCCUCUAGCUCAUUAAGAAUAUAGAGUGUUACAUCAUUUGUUGUCAUUCAAAGGCACUGUACCACAGUCUUUCUUUCCAUUCUCUCUCCUAAACCCACACUAGGUGAAGGUCUCCUGAUUUUAUAUUCCAGGAGCUGAAGCUUAAGAGAACUGGGAGUUUGUUUUGGUUCAGGUCAGAUAGCUAAUGAUUCAAAUUGAAAUUUAGUUUUUUUCUAACUAGAACUUGAUUCUAGCUAGACAGACAAAUAUAGAAACAAAGCAGGAGAUGAGUGGGGAAGAAUGCCGUAACAGAGCGUAGCACAUGGGGCCGUGCUGUCCAUAAAGAUUUCUAAAGAUGCAGGAAGCGUUUGGGAUGGGCUUUGGAAGUUAGGAAAUUUUGCAGAUCUCUCUUGUGAGGGAAGCAUCUGAGGGGUGUGUGGUGUAUGGGUGGGCAGGAGGGGGCAAGGGAGUGUGUAUUGCAGUGCACAGGCUUGGAAGAUGGGGCAUGUAUUUGGCUGAAUUGGGUGUGACUAUGAAAGCAGAUAACAAAGGAGUUAGACUGAGUUGUAGAAGUUUUUUUUUUUUUUUUUUUUUUUUUGUCUAGCUUCCAAACAGUCUUUUGUAUGUCUUUAGCUACUGUAUGAGUCUGAUCCAGGACAGGCAUCUUUUAAAAUUUGCCUUCAUUACUUAGUACAGUCUUGCACAUAAUUAAUUCACAGGUUAUUGAUUGAUUGAUAGAAUGUUUUCUUACUGUUACUUAGUUACUUUGUUAGUGCUUGUGAUUGAAUUGUUUAUUGUAUAAGAAGUCUUAACUCUUGUGUUCAUAAAAUUCCUUCCAAAGAAGUCAGCAUACCGUAUGCUGAUUCAUUUAUUGAUUAUCUCAGCAGUUAGUUUACUAUACCCAAGAGUAUUCCUCUAUAGGAACUUGGAUACAGCUUCAACUGUAGAGUCAUUGUAGCUGUCUUUGUUUUUAUUCUUCAAGACUGGGUUUCUCUCUGUAACCUAGGCUGUCCUCAAACUCACACUAUAGACCAGGCUGGCCUCGAAUGCACAGGUCUGUUUACCUCUGCCUCCUGAGUUCUGGGAUUAAAGAUGGGUACCACCACUGCCUGGCUCUACUUUUUUCACUAACAGUGACAAAAUUUAUGUGUGUGAUUGUUUUCCUUGCAUAUAUAUCUAUGUAACAUGUGUGUGCAGUGCCCUCAAGAACUAAGAAGAAGGUAUCAGAUCCCUGGAAUCUUAGCUACAGGUAGUUGUGAGCCAUUAUGUGCUUACUGGGAAUUAAAUGAAGAUCUUCUGGAAGAGCAGGCAGCUCUUGAAAAACAAGACAAACAAACAAUUUAAGCUACAUUUUAACUUUAGUGAGAAUGCUACUAAGUUAUAUCAUAAGUAUUAUUCUUACUGUUUUAAUAGAUAAGCAUUUUAAGAGGUUUAUUUGCUAUUUUUAUUUUAUAUGAUGUGUUUGCCUAAGUGUGUGUGUGUUUGUGCACCAGGUAUGUACAGUGCGUGGAGGCUUUAAAGCUGUCAGAUCCUCUGUAAGUGGAGCUAUAGAUGGUGAUCCACUAUAUGGGUGUGGGGAAUUGAACCUAGGUCCUUGAGAAGAGCAGUGGGUGCUGUCUGUUGCAGAGCCAUCUCUUCAUGCCCUCCAUUGUAUCUUUUGAGGCUUGAAGUCUUUCACUGUGCUGAUGGUCUUUCCAUCUCUGCCACUCUUGCUAGGGUUAAAAUGCAAACAUCUGUGCCCAACUCUUUUUUUCUUCCCAACAUGGGUCCCAGGAAUUGGAACUCAGGUCCUCAUGAUUGCAUAACAGACCUUACUGAUAGAAUGUCUUCCCAGCCCCAAAAUUUUCAUCUUCUAUGUGUUGGAAUAGCUUAACAGCAACCAGGAUAUUUGACAUUGGUUAAGGUAGAGUAUGUGUUCAAUAUUUACUGUUUUAGUCUUUUGCAAUUAAAUCUGUUGCUUUUCUUCCUGAUCACUAUCAGGUUUGGUGGGAAGUAGGGCAGUAGCUUAAAGAUGAAAAUAAUUUUCUUCACUUGUAUAGCUGACCAUUGUUUAGAAUCAUGUAGUGAGAAAUCCUUUAUCUGUUGAGGCAUAACCUUCAGCACACAUAAAAAUAUCUGCAUUUGUUUCUUUAUUGUCUGAUUAAGCAUCUUUUAAUAGCGACCAUUGGUAAGUUUAUUUGAAAACUAAUUUAAAAAGUAGUUUUUACUAUUUAGACUUUUGUCUGUUUUUAAUAAUGAGGCCCUGCUAUGUGCUUUUUUUUUUUCCUAUGUAGUUACUUUCUUGCCUUUUUUCAGAAAAGUUGUUGAGAGAGAGGUUUUCACUGGAUCUCCUGAACCUGGUUAUGGUGAUACAUUAAUUUGCUGGUCUAGCAGGAUACAAUAUAUAAAAGUAUAAUUGUCUCUCAUUUUCGUUUUCAUUUUAGAUUAUUUUGUGUGUGUAUUUGUGUUUAUGUAUGUUCACCAUGUGCAUGUUUCAUGUCCAUGGAGGUCAGAAGAGGUGAUGGGUCCUUUAGCCUGGUAUUAUAGAUGGUUGUGAGCCGCUUUGUGGGUGCUGGAAACUGAACUCAGGUCCACUGUAAUAGCAACAAGUGUUCUUAACUACUGAACCACCUCUCCAGCCUUUUGUUUCUGUAGCUCCAGAAGCCUGGAGAAUUGUGCUGAUGUUUUUAGUACCUUAUAUGGAACACUGUAUUUGCAUGUGACCUGUGCAUAUCCUUUUGAAAUUAUUUCUUGAUUAGUUAAAGUAUUUAACACAAUUCCUGUGUUGUUUAGGGAAUAAUGAUAAUGAAAAAGUGUAAGCAUAUUUAGCAUUUUUUUCUUUGUUCUUUUCAAUCUGUGUUUGUUGAAUCCACCAAGGCAGAACCUGUGGAUUUGGAGGGUCCAGUAUACCACUGAGUGAUUUACACAACAGAAAUGUACAGCACAAAGGUCUGGAAGCCAGAAACCUGACAUCCAGGUGUUGGCAGAGUUGAUUCCUGAAGGCUGUGAAGAAUCUGUUCCAUCUCUCCCUCUCCUAGCUUCAGGAGGUUGCUGGCAGUCUCUGGCAUUCUUUGGCUUUUAGACAUACCAUUUUGAUGUUUGCCUUAGUCUUCACAUGAUGUUAUCUCUGGGAAUGUGUCUAUUGUUCAAAAUUUUCCUUUUUAUAAACACAACAGCCACUGGGUAUGUCCCUACUCUUAUAUGAUGUCAAACUAAUUACUUCUGCAGAAACCAAAUAAAGUUAUAUGCUGAGAAGCUUCAGGUUUAGGACUUCAACAUAUAUUGUGUUAGUCAGCUAUGGCUGUAACACAAUAUCUGAGAUGACUAACCUAUUUUGGCUUAUAGUUUUGGAGGUCCAACCUGUGAUGAACUAGAAGUCUGUUGUUUUGGGCAUGUGGUGAAGUCACAUCAUGGUGGGAGUGCAUGACAAACCUAAAUUGGACAUGCUAUGACCAAAGAACAAAGGAAAGAAGUAGAAAGAGGCCAGGAUUCUAUUACCCUCUUCAAGGGCUUUCAUCAAUAACAUAAAACUCUUAAAGGUUCUGCCAUUUCCUAAUAACACAAGGCUCCUUGGGAGACAUUCAAGGGUACCGUCAUAGUAGUCUCCUUGCUCCUGCAGACAUGGCAGCUCCUGGUGGGUCUAGGUGGUAGUGGUUUAGAAGCACUGUAGUUUGGAACUGGGGUAAAUGUGAGAGACUCAUAACCAGGAAUGGUUGCAUUAAACAUGGUUCUGCUAUGUACUGGUUUUCAUUGACUGAGAACCUGAAAUUUGUCAGAGAGAGAAGCCUCACAAAGAUAGAUGUUUCUGAGGCCCAAGGAAGAAUGCCCUGUUAAGAGUCUCCCAGAGUUGAUGAGAGGAGUCUAAGCUCCUGGAAAGAAUGGAGGUUCAGAGUUAAGGAAGAAAGCAUAGAACUUCAUGUCUGAGAACUGGCUUAAACUUAUUCAAAAUACAAUUGUCCUCAGUAUCCAUGGGGCCUGUGUAUAAGGAUUCAGAUAACAACAGAUCAGAGUCAUUGCACUGAGCAGGUGUGGGCUCUGACUGUGCUGUCAAUACAUGAUUUGCAUAGGAUUUAAAUUGACUAUAAAGACAAUUCUUUCACAUGCAAGUAUAUGUGUGUUUGAAAGUAUUUCUCUCUGUGUGAGUGUGUGCAUGUUUGCAUGGUGACUAGAAGACAAUCUCUAGUAUCAUACACAGGGAGGCCACCCAUCUUCUUUGAGAUAGAGUCUCUUAUUGGCCUGGAACUCACCAAUUAGGCUACUCUGGCUGUUCAGUAAGUGUCAGGAAUGGAUCCUUUGUGCCUCCCACGAUAGGAUUACAAGUGUCAGCUAGUAUACCUGCUCUUGUUCCUUGGGUUCUGGGCUUGAACUCAGGUGUUUGUGCUUGUAGGGUUUGAUUUUUGAUCAAGCCAGCUCUUCCCCUGUCAGAGAUAGUCUAAGUGUAUAGAUGGAUGGGCACAGACACAGAUACAGUCCCAUUUAGUAUAAAGGACUUGGUCAUCUUUGGAUUUUGGUGUACAUGAGGGCCUUGGAACCAGUGUUCCAAGUAGGAAGACUAUGUUUACGGCCUUGGGAGACUAGGCACCAUUUUGAAUUUCUUUUAGAAUCUUUAACUUAUAAAGUAAAGAAGAAGUAGAGACCAAAACCUGGAAGGCAGUGAAGAGUGAGGAUGUACUUAUGUGGGAGAACUGGAGACUGCUGUCUUGUUAGAGAUCCAGUGGAAACAGCAUUUGAGCUGUGCAAGGAGAGACAGAAAAUACAAAUGGAGUUCUUUAUAGAGUUUUCUAACUGACCAUUGACAGUUUUUGAAUUAAUUUCUAGAGUUUCAUUACAAGCAUUCCUUCUGAGCUGUAAGUUAAAAACUUUGUAUUUGGAUACCACUGAACAACUGCAAUGCUUUUUCUGGUGAUUGUGUUGGAUUUUCUAGGUAGAUUUCAUUUAUAAUGAUAAUUCUAAAAUACUGUUUAUAUCACCUUUUAUGUAGCAAUGACUAGCUCCUUCAGAAUGGCAUUGAACAAAAACACCAUAUCCUUUGGUAGAAGCCUUUUCCUGUUUUUAAGCUAAUUGGGAUGCCUUUGGUGCUUUCGUUGUUUAUUAUAUUUUCUGUUUAUAUUUUUGCUUUAUGAGGCAGGAUUUCUCUGUGUAACCAUGGCAGUCCUGGAACUUACUAUGUAGGAUAGGUAGACUUCGAACUUAGGGAGAUUGGCCUGCCUCUGCCUCUCAAGCCACCAUGUCUGGCUACUUUCUUUUAAAACUUUCUUUUUGAGUUAAACUUAUAGUUUGAGAUAUUUGUAGACCUACACACAGUAGUAAGAAAUAAUAGAGAUAGAGCCCAACUGCCCUUCACUCAGUUCUCUCUAGAAAAACUGUAGUAUAUUAUUAUUACCAGGGUAUCUCAGCCACUGUUUCUCUGUAUUACCACAUGUUGGUGCUUUGUAUUCUUGUUUUUCCAGUUUCAUGUGUACUCACUAGAGAUUGUGUGAGGUGUAUAUCUGUGUGUUUGUGUGAUCACCACCACAGUAGAUGUGCAGAAGAGUCUUCUCAUUACCCUUUCAUAGCCUCAGUCAUGUCUGCCCCUACCUAGCCUGGGUACCACUCAGCUCUUCUCUGCAGUUUUCUCAUUUCAGGGGUACUACAUAAAUGGAGCCACAUGGUCCAUAACUUGUGGGGUUUCUUUCUCUUGGUAUCAUUCCCCUAAGCUUUGUUCUGGUUGUUGUGUGUAUCAGUAGUUUGUAUCUUCUUACUGCUGAGUAGAAUUCUGCAGCAGCCUGGUCAUUCUGUGGAAAGAUUGUUCUGCUUUUGGCUGUUUGAAUAAAGCUGCUGUGAGCAUUCAUGUGCAAACAUAAUGUUCAUUUCUUUAGCAUAAAUGCUCAAAGUGCACAUGCAUUUAGAUUCUCCUGUGGUUAACAUUUCUUCUCUUUCUGCUCUGUCUGCCUUCUUUAUGCACGUAUGCAAUACAGUUUUCCCCCUUAAAUGCAUGAACGCAUGUGAGUAAAUUGCAUAAACCAUUACCUCCAAAUAUUUCAGCGAGUGUUUGGCAUAGUAAAGACAUUUUCUUACAUAUGCACAAUCAUUAUUAGUUUAAUUUAACUCAGAUAUUACUUCUGUUAGGUCCACUGUCUCCUACUCAUAAACUGUUACUAAGGUCUCCUUUAGUAUCUUGUUUCUCUUUUCUUGUUUUAGUUAGUAUGUUAUUUUAUGGACUAAUCAAUUCAAUACAGCUUUACAAGAUGCAUUUUAUUCUCACUGGAUCAUAUGGGUGAUGGAACCAAGGCAAAGAAAGGUGAGGCGCUUUGUCCAAGUCACAGCUUCUAAGAGAUAAGAGGUUGGAUUCAUCUCUGGUGUUUUGACUCUCAAGGUCUCUUAACCACUAAGCUCUGUCUUCCAUUAACUAUUUAGCUCAUAGCAGCAAUGUUUGACCUUCCAGAAACUGAUGUUUUAAUUUUCUUAUGUUGUUGGCAGAAACAAGUGUUACUUUUUUUGUUUGAGGGUAUUCCAGUCAUUUCGUGGUGACUAGGUAUUUUCUCUUUCAAAUGGAGCUAACACUGAGCCUGUUUUGCACCUGCUUAGUGUCUACUACAGGAAGUAGUAUUUGAAAUGAAGUUUUGGGCAUUUGAGAGUAGAGGAGAUUUUUUUUUAACCCCCCUUUAAGUUUAUUUAUUCACUUUAUAUCCCAAUUGCUGCCCCUUAUUCCCAGCCCCUUCCCCCACAAUCCUUUCCUCCAUCUCCCCUCCUCUUCUCUGAGGGGGUGGAGGCCCCCCAAUGACCCCCCUACCCCCAUCAAGUCUCUAUACAGCUAGGCCUAUCCUCUCCCACUGAUGCCAGACUAGGUUUACCAGCUAGAAGAACUUAUCCCACAGAUUGGUAACAGCUUUAGGGAUAGCCCCUGCUCCAGUUCUUUGGGACCUACAUGAAGGCCAAGUUGCACACCUGCUACAUUUAAGUGGGGAGGCCUAGGUUCAGCCCAUGUAUGCUCUUUGGUUGGUGGUUCAGUCUCCGAGAGCCCCUAAGGGUUCAGGUUAGUUGACUUCGUUGGUUUUCCUGUAGAGUUCCUAUCUCCUUUGGGGUCCUCAGUCCUUCUCCCAACUCUUCUAUAAGUGUCUAUAAGCUCUAUCCAACGUUUGGCUGUGGGGCUCUGCAUCUGUUUCGAUUAGCUGCUGAGUGGAGCCUCUCAGAGGACAGUGCUAGGCUCCUGUCUACAGAGUAUCAUUAAUAGUGUCAGGGAUGGUGCUUGCCCAUGGGAUGGAUCUCUAGUUGGCCCAGUUAUUGGUUGGCCAUUCCCUCAGACUCUCCAUCCCCCAUUCCUGUAUUUCUUGUAGACAGGAUAAAUUUUGGGUUGAAAGUUUUGUGUGUGGGUUGGUGUCCCUAUCAAUCCACUGGGUUUUUGCCUGCCUCUACCAUAUCCCCACUGCUAUGAGUCUCAGCUAAGGUCACUCCCAUUGAUUCCUGGGAGCCUCCCCCAUCCCAGGUCUCUGGCAUGUCCUGGAGAUGCUCCCCUCUCUCCCACGUCCACCAGUUGCAUAUUUCCAUUCAUUCUCCUGGCCCUCCCCACACCUGAUCCUGAACCCUGUCCCCCUUUUCCUUCCUCAUCCCCUCUCCCCCAACCAGUUCACUCCCUCCAUCUGCCUCCUAUGACUAUAUUAUUCCCCCUUCUAAGUGAGAUUCGAGCGUCCUCGCAUGGGCCUUCCUUCUUGGUUAGCUUGUUUGGGUCUGUGGAGUGCCUGGUCUCUGCACUUCACAUUAGUUAAGGAUUAUUUCUUUCAGGAUUAUUUCUUCAGUGCUCUGCUCAGUCUUUAAUUUCUCAAAGAAAGAGUUUCCCUCUCCCUGGAGGAGGGCAGUUUUGUAAUCUUUAUCUUUUCCAGGCAUCUUUGAUGCCCUCUUCUUCUGCAGCACCAUAAAUUGCAUGUGUGUAGGCUUGCCAAGCUUGUAGUUGUGGGAACUGCCAUCUCUAGAUUUCUUCACAUCUGCCUUGGUGGACUGCGUGCCCAGGCUCUGUAUGGUGCUCUGUAUGGUUGCAGGCUUAGAUUUAACACCCAGAGGCGGUGGGAUCUUGUGCUGCAGCUCUUCUGGGAUGAGUUGGAUGCUUGCAGCCUGAAGAUGUAAAGCACUCACCUGAGGUUCUGAGCUUCGCUUUGGAGCUGGCCCGUGCUCUGAUCCCUGCUCACACUUUGCACAAACACUGGCUUGCUUCCCUGGGUUCCCAAGCUAUGCUUUAUUCUGUCUCACUAGACAUGUAGGGUCUAGGUGGGUCGUAGUUGUACUUGAGUAUUUUUGGAAUUGUUACAGUUAUCUGCUUGAAUUUGUUUCUUUAUUUGGAUUUUACAGUUUCUUUACAUGUACCUAAGAUUGUUAAGGACUAAAUUCAUGGGAUGGUUCUUAUGAGUGAUGAUCUUACCAAUGGGCUGGUUUGGGCUAUUUCUAUAUCUGGAUGGAAGUUGUGAAUAGGCAAAGGGUGGCUGUUUUAGUCUUGGUGGUUCUGGACCCUCGAGUGCUAAGAACCCAUGGUUAGGCAGGCUAACAGGUUUAUCAUUUACAAUCCUGAAGAAUAGAGGCUAUGGCUCCUAGCCCUGGCGGUCAGAAACUCACAGUCAUAGAUGCUUAGGUUGGGGGUUUACUGUUCUGAGCGUUGACUGUUAGUGGCGUUACACUCUGACCAGGAAACCAGUUCAUUGCAGUGUCUACGGUUGGUAGUAAGCAGCAGCAGUGCACCAGGCAGCAGUGUUACAGUUCUUGAACCCUGAGAGUCUGGACCAUGGCUUCUAUGGACUCUCAGUCCCCAGGGCUUGGCAAUUUCCUGAAUUAUUCUAAUUCUCAUCUUUGUUUCUUUACAACCUUCUGUCUCUCACAGUUUUGGAUUUCUGCUUCCUCUCAUCUUCUGAUAUCAGCCUCUGUGAUCUCAGCUGCAGCUGAGAUCCCUACUCCCUGUAGCACUUUGGUCCUCACUAGCUUUCUAUAACUUGCCUGUUUCUGCCAGUAACACCAUCUCCUCUUUGACCUGUCAGUUUAGCACCAUGUUUUUACUAUAAAGUCACAAGUGGGCAAGAAAAGACCAGUGGGAGAAGCCUUCUCAAAAGGUGUCUGUUAGUUGAUUACAAAGUAAACUUUACAGAAUGGUUAUAUAGUUUGGGAGGGCAUAGAUGUAGCAUGUAAAUGAAGGAUUAUAUUUGUACCAAUCAUAGUAUAGUGUCCAGUCCCAUUGAGCAUAGGCUCUGCAUAGGGACAGGUUUCCUGCUGAGUUACUGAGGAGUAACUUGAGUGAGAAUAGCCUCAAGGUUAUCUAAAGGUUACUAAAUCUUGCCUUGAUUGGAUUGAUGCCUUCCAAGGUCAGUGCAGGCAGUUGUGAGGAGAGCAAGGCCUCCUGGAGCCAGAGUUGUGGCUUUCACUGCAGUGUUCCUGGCAGCUGGUGCAUUCUCAGAGCGAUAAAGUGUCUGAAGUAGCUGGGUUGUCUUGAGGUCAGUCUACCCAGUUGUCAGAGAGGAGGCUGCCUAGCUGAUGGGUCCCUACUCCAACUUCCAGGCAUAAAUGUACCCUAUUCACUUCUAUUCAAUUCUAUUUUAUUCCCAAAAGUUUCAGUUUACAGGGAAAAAUGGCAUUUAUAAGAUAUUUAAAACUGAACACAAAACUAGUAUUCUUGAAGCAUUUAGCAGUCCUUGAAAGCAGUUAGUGGGCUUAACAGUGCCUAGUCCCUGUCCCAGGGCCCUGCAGAGUUGAGUCCCUUUGAUCUCAGUAGUAGUUUUUAUAUGGGAAAUGUGGAAAAGCUACAGACCAUAGGGUCACCGUCUUCCAAAACACGUUGAAAAGUGCAAAUGUAGACAAUGUUUCCUUCACAGAGAUGGGGGCUAGAAUUAGGGUUGAGUUUGCUGGGCCUCUCAGAUCCUUCACUGCAAGGUGAACAGACCAGAUCUGGAGCCGGCAGGUUGGCUUAGGGGCCAUUGAGCUGCCCACAUCUCACUGUAUAUUUGAAUUUAACUCCCCAGGCCUUUUUGUGUCCUGCAAUCCUCUAUAUUUCUUGAAUUAUAUAUUUUUUCUCUGACUUCGGGCAUUUUAAGGUAGAUGUUUGACUUUGUAUGUCUUCUAGUGCUGCCUAAGACAUGAUACAGAUGUUAUGUUACAGUAGGCCAGAACGUGGCUGACUCCAUAGGUAGUGAAUUCCAGAUGUUUGUAGUGGCAGAUCUGAGAGUGUUAUACAUUGUUAUAGCAACACUUUACCAAGGACAAAGUAAUGAUAUAAGUGACCUUAACAAAACGAACUUUUGUUAAAUUUCUCACAGAAGCCAGCUUGAUAGUGAUAGCAUGUGUAAAAUUUAAAGAAUGCUUUGACAAACAUUGACAUUUUAUUUGAAAUGAUAUGAAACUAGGGGAAACUAGUUUCAAUUCUUGUAUGUUUUAGUCAUUUCUUUCAGCAGAUUGCAGGUUAUGAAAGUCACAUAUUUUUCCAAAUUGCCAUGGUAAAAUUGGCCAUGCAGGCGGGUUUUGCGGUUCUGUUUAUGUCUUAUUACUUUUUAGAUGAUGGCAGCGAUUACUGUGGAAAUGCUGUGUAUGGUUGGUAGAUCAGUUCGUUUUCAGCUCUCAUUAAGUAACUGCUUUUCUAACACACUGUGGAAUUUGUAUUGUUCCUAUGUUUGUCUUGUCUCAUACAAUUUAUGAUUUAUGUGCAUAAAGGCUUUUAGUAGUUUUUUAGUGUGUGUCUCUGUGUGUGUGUGUGUGUGUGUGUAUGUGUGUGUGUGUGUGUGUGUGUGUGUGUGUGUAAGAUGGAGAACCAUUUCAUGUGUCAUGUCUAGACUGGCUGACCAGUGGGUACCAGGGGUCCUCCUGUCUCUGCCUGCCUAUCACUGAGAUUACUGAUGUGCUUUACCACGCCUGGAUUUUUAUAUGCGUUGUAGGGACUGGACUCAGGUCUCUGUGCUCACGGAGCCAGUGCUUUACUGAUGAAACCGUCCUCCCUGAGCCUAAUAGCUGUAGUGUUACUGAGUUGAUUGCUAAGUAGGAUAUUUUGACAUCAUGUCUGGGUAUGAUGGAAUAGCCUAUCAUCCAAGCUACUUAGGACUCUGCAGCAGGAGAAUUGCAGUUUGAGGCCAGCUAUGGUGGACAACUUAGGGACACUCUGUAUCGGAGACACUUUGUAAAACAAAACAAACAAAAAAUGGAGGGAAAAAAAGAGAUUGGUAAUAUAGCUCAGUAGUAGACCACUUGUCUAGCAGGCAUGAGGCCUUGAGUUAAAUAGUGCCACAGAGACAGGCAGACAGACAGACAGACAGACAGAAUUUUGACUUUGUAACCCAUAAUUGAGUUUUAUAAAGGAGAUUAAAGAGUUUUCUUAGUAGUUUAAUAUAAUUUAAGAUGUGUGUGCUUGUUUAGGGAUAGAUGAAAGAUUAGGUAUUAAAGUGAACAUGUAGAUAAGCAUCACAAUAUUUCCUACCCUCCCCCUUCUUUUCUUGGCACUCACUUCGUAGACAUGAUAUAGUCUUAUGAUGCUCUCACUUCAUAGCCUAGGCUCUUCUGGAUCUCAUUAUGUAGCCCAGACUGCAAAACUUACAGCAGUCUUCCUUACUCAGCCUCUCAAGUGCUGGCAUUAUGAGCAUGGCCACCAUGCUUGGCAUGAAUAUGUUUUAUUUAAAAUUUUAAUUAUAGAUUUGUAUAUGUGUGUUAUCUUUGUUAGGGUUUCUACUGCUGUGAUAAAACAUCAUGACCAAAGGCAACCCAAGGAGGAAAGGUUUCUUUCACUCGCAUUUUCUCUCGUGACAACUGAGCUGCUCAAGGCAGGAAGAACUCUGAGCUGAAUAGUAGUGGGUCCCUGAAUCUGGAAAGAAGAAGCCACCUUGGAACCAGUAAUGAACCAUCCUGACUACAAGCUGAACCUUCAGUCUCCAGGGACUCCCAGAGGUGUGUCCUCUGUGGUUGGCCCGAAUGCUGUUGGUGCUUCGCCAGGUGACAAAAAGUCAAAGAACAAGUCCAUGCGAGGGAAGAAAAAGAGCAUAUUUGAAACCUACAUGUCCAAGGAGGAUGUUUCAGAAGGCUUGAAGAAAGGAACGCUUAUCCAGGGUGUAUUGAGGAUCAAUCCAAAGAAGUUUCAUGAAGCCUUCAUUCCUUCUCCGGAUGGUGAUCGGGACAUUUUUAUUGAUGGAGUUGUUGCUCGUAAUAGAGCCUUAAAUGGGGACCUUGUGGUUGUAAAACUGCUUCCUGAGGACCAGUGGAAGCCAAGGAUAACCUUGUCUCUGCCUGGAGUGCUGGGAUUACAGGGAGUUAAACCAGAGAGCAACGACAAAGAAACAGAAGCUACUAAUGAAACUGACAUCUCUGAGGAGUCCUGUGGACACCACCUUCUGCAGAAGUCCCCAAAAGGCUGGAAUGGUCCUGAUGUUAUUAUAGAGGCUCAGUUUGAUGACAGCGACUCAGAAGAUAGACAUGGCAACACCAGUGGGCUGGUUGAUGGUAUGAAGAAAUUGUCAGUCUGUACUCCUGACAAAGGAAAAGAAGAUUCUAGUGCUCCAGUUAUGAAAGACGAGAACACCCCCAAGUCACAGGACACAAGAGCUUUAUCAGAGAAGUCACUCCAGAAAUCAGCAAAGGUGGUUUACAUCUUGGAGAAAAAGCAUUCCCGAGCAGCAACCGGCAUCCUGAAACUCUUGGCUGACAAGAACAGUGACCUGUUUAAGAAAUAUGCCCUGUUUUCUCCUUCAGACCACCGAGUACCUAGAAUUUAUGUACCACUCAAGGACUGUCCCCAGGACUUCAUGACCCGACCCAAAGACUAUGCCAACACGCUGUUCAUCUGCCGCAUCAUAGACUGGAAGGAGGACUGUAAUUUUGCCCUGGGGCAACUGGCUAAGAGUCUUGGGCAAGCUGGUGAAAUUGAACCUGAAACAGAAGGGAUCCUGACAGAAUAUGGUGUGGACUUCUCUGAUUUCUCUUCAGAAGUUCUCGAAUGUCUCCCUCAAAGCCUGCCAUGGACAAUUCCACCUGAGGAGGUGGGCAAGAGAAGAGACCUAAGAAAAGACUGUAUCUUCACCAUUGACCCAUCAACUGCUCGAGACCUUGAUGACGCCCUCUCCUGCAGGCAGCUCACUGACGGCACCUUCGAAGUGGGCGUCCACAUAGCCGAUGUGAGUUACUUCGUUCCUGAGGGAUCCUCUUUGGAUAAGGUAGCUGCUGAGAGAGCCACAAGUGUCUACUUGGUCCAGAAGGUGGUCCCCAUGCUUCCCAGGCUUCUGUGUGAGGAACUCUGCAGCCUCAACCCCAUGACUGACAAGCUGACCUUCUCUGUGAUCUGGAAGCUGACUCCUGAAGGCAAGAUCCUUGAGGAGUGGUUUGGCCGCACUAUCAUCCGUUCUUGCACCAAAUUGAGCUACGACCAUGCGCAGAGCAUGAUCGAAAAUCCGACUGAGAAGAUCCCCAAGGAAGAGCUUCCCCCUAUUUCUCCAGAGCACAGCAUCGAGGAGGUGCACCAGGCAGUCCUGAACCUGCACAGCAUUGCAAAGCAACUCCGCCGCCAGCGCUUUGUAGAUGGUGCACUCCGUUUAGAUCAGCUGAAGCUUGCUUUCACUCUGGACCAUGAGACUGGAUUGCCUCAAGGAUGUCAUAUCUAUGAGUACCGAGACAGCAACAAGCUUGUAGAGGAGUUCAUGCUCCUGGCCAACAUGGCAGUGGCCCACAAGAUCUUCCGCACCUUCCCUGAGCAGGCCCUGCUGCGCCGGCAUCCCCCACCGCAGACGAAGAUGCUCAGUGACCUGGUGGAGUUCUGUGACCAGAUGGGGCUGCCCAUGGAUGUCAGCUCUGCAGGGGCCCUAAAUAAAAGCCUGACCAACACAUUUGGAGAUGACAAGUACUCUCUGGCCCGGAAAGAGGUGCUCACCAACAUGUACUCCCGGCCCAUGCAGAUGGCACUGUACUUCUGCUCUGGGAUGCUGCAGGACCAGGCGCAGUUCCGGCAUUAUGCUCUCAACGUUCCCCUCUACACACACUUCACCUCUCCCAUCCGCCGCUUUGCUGACGUCAUAGUGCACCGCCUCCUGGCUGCUGCUCUGGGCUACAGUGAGCAGCCAGAUGUGGAGCCUGAUGCCCUACAGAAGCAAGCCGACCACUGCAAUGACCGCCGCAUGGCCUCUAAGCGUGUGCAGGAGCUCAGCAUUGGCCUCUUCUUCUCAAUUCUAGUAAAAGAGAGCGGCCCCCUGGAGUCUGAAGCCAUGGUGAUGGGUGUCCUGAACCAAGCUUUCGAUGUGCUGGUACUGCGCUUUGGGGUACAAAAACGCAUCUACUGCAACGCACUGGCCUUGAGGUCCUACCACUUCCAGAAGGUGGGGAAGAAGCCAGAGCUCACUCUUGUUUGGGAGCCAGAUGACCUUGAAGAGGAGCCAAUACAGCAGGUCAUCACCAUCUUCAGCCUGGUGGAUGUGGUCCUGCAGGCAGAGGCCACAGCCCUCAAGUACAGUGCUAUCCUGAAGCGACCAGGCCCGGAGCAUUCCCUGGGUCUGGAGAAGGAGUCUGAUGAGGAGCCUGAGGACUGAAUGCUAGCCCAAGCCAGGCUUGUGCCUGCCCUACCCUGCUGGCUUUUAGGAAUAGGACCUUCUGACACCAAAGGGGAUUUUUAAUUUGGUUUUUAACAACUCAGGGGUUUGUUUUUAUUUUUUUUUCAUUUUAUUUUACUUUUGCUCAAUUUUUAAAUGAACUGGAAGGUUAGGGGUCAGGGCAGGGAAUGCUGAGGCUUGGCCAGUGCUUCCCUGAGAAGAGAGAAUCCCAGUCCUCCUGGGCAGGCAGCCCCGCUUCUACCAGGCGACCCACUGCCCUUCCCUGCCCAGGAAACAGGGGGUUUCAGCAAAUCAGUGUCAUGGAAUAAAAUCAAGUGUGAAUUGCA